AGCAAAAGAUGGUGGAUCGCUUGGCAAACAGUGAAGCAAAUACUCGACGCAUAAGUAUAGUAGAAAAUUGUUUUGGAGCAGCUGGUCAACCCUUAACUAUACCUGGACGGGUUCUUAUUGGAGAAGGAGUAUUGACUAAGUUGUGCAGAAAAAAGCCCAAAGCAAGGCAGUUUUUCUUAUUUAAUGAUAUUCUCGUAUAUGGCAAUAUUGUCAUCCAGAAGAAAAAAUAUAAUAAACAACAUAUUAUUCCCCUGGAAAAUGUCACUAUUGAUUCUAUCAAAGAUGAGGGAGACUUAAGGAAUGGAUGGCUUAUCAAGACACCAACUAAAUCAUUUGCAGUUUAUGCUGCCACUGCCACUGAGAAAUCAGAAUGGAUGAAUCACAUAAAUAAAUGUGUUACUGAUUUACUCUCCAAAAGUGGGAAAACACCCAGUAAUGAACAUGCUGCUGUCUGGGUUCCUGACUCUGAGGCAACUGUAUGUAUGCGUUGUCAGAAAGCAAAAUUCACACCGGUUAAUCGUCGUCACCAUUGCCGCAAAUGUGGUUUUGUUGUCUGUGGGCCCUGCUCUGAAAAGAGAUUUCUUCUUCCCAGCCAGUCCUCUAAACCUGUGCGGAUUUGUGACUUCUGCUAUGACCUGCUUUCUACUGGGGAUAUGGCCACAUGCCAACCUACUAGAUCAGACUCUUUCAGUCAGUCAUUGAAGUCUCCUUUAAAUGAUGUAUCUGAUGAUGAUGAUGAUGAUGAUAGCAGUGACUAAGGACACAUUUUGAAAUAUUUAAUCGGGUGUGACUAUCUGAGAAAUCAGCUUUGGGGGAAAUGUAAAAUUCUGAGCUUUCUCCAUUUUGCUGUAGCCAUGAAUUUGCCUGAGAAACUUUUAACCUAUGUGCCUCAAUAUAUUCUAUAGAAAGUAGGUUGCUCCUGCCUUCACCUCCUCCCUGCACUUUUCUACAGGGAUAAACUAUUACAAAUAUAUAAGAUAAAUUUUUGAUUCCUUAUUCUUGUUUAUUUCUAGAUUAUUUUCUUGGAAGGUUGGGAAAAGAUGUUUAUUUAACAGAUCACAUACUACAUUGUUGUUUUUAUUUCUAUUAUGUGGAAAAGCUAAAAAGUACAGGAUGAUGGGAAAGGGAAUAAAAUGUAGUUAAUUAAUAAUAUGAGCUUUUUUUUCUUAACCAUCUUAUGGUUAAGACAUCAGUAACAAAAGUACAUGUUUUGGAAAUACUUUGGCUUUUUCAUAUACCGAAUGGUGCCUUAUAAUGCACUGUUACAUGAAAUAAGCCCCUACCUUCUCACUUUUUGGUUUGUUUAAAAAAAUACAGUGGUGCUCUCUGAGGUGAUAAAAAUGAAUGUUUAUGAAUGGGUGUAAUUAGGAAAUACUUCUCAUCUGACAGCUACGAAUAACUAAAUUGAGGUAUCUUCAUUCUAUGUGAAUAAAUAUUUUUCCAUAAAAUAGUUGUGAUUGUUUUUUUACAUUUUAUAGGUACCAAAUUAUAAUUAUCAAAUAUAUAUUUUAAAUUAAUAAUAGGUUGUCAUUCUUAGGAAUUUGGUUUGAAAUUUAUCAGUAACAUAGAAUUGUCAUAUUGCGUUAGCUUCUACUUUUAAUAAGGUAUUUUUAGAUAUGAAUUCAUCUGCUUUAACAUUAUUUCUAGAAUGAAAUAUCUUCUUACAAAACCCUUGAAAAUAAACAAUCUCUUUUUAAAAAUCCCAUGAUAGAGCACAGAUUUACUUAAGCUUGAAGAUUUGGAAGAAAUAAUGUGUUAAGAAUGGUCAAGGCAGACAACUUUGUUUGACUAAACUUCAUGUCUGGAAGUAUUGUCUGUUUCAGUAUGAAAAUAUCUUGAAUUUACAAAUAUGAGUAUAGUGUUAUAUUUUAUGAAGUUUUGUAAAGUCCCAAACAAUAUUUCUAUUUUUGUAAACAAUUGUAUGUUUAAUCCGUUUCUGAAAUCAUUUUGCAAUCUAUGGAAAUAGAGUAGCAAUUAAUAUUUCUAAAUUGUGAUCAGGUUAGUCUAGAUUGCUUUUGAGAAGUAGUAAUUUUUGACUAUUUGCUUUUGAGGCAGUCGUUAGAUUGAAAGUAUAUUUAUCAUGUAAAAGAUGCGUUUUGCACUACUCUCUCCAUUAGUAUGCUGCAAAUAACUGCAGUCUUUCAAGUGUGGAAAAUCAGUCUAAUGUUUGUUUUAAAUUCUAAAUUUAAGGAAAAUCUAUAAAUCUGGGUAUAUUGCAAAUGUCAUGAGAGGUUUGAUUCAAUAACUUGUGAUGGGGGAUUAUUUGGUAUCCUAACUGUUUGGGUAAGGUUCUAAUUUUACAUUACUGUUAAAUUUUGAAAGCAUCUGAGAUGUACAGAUCUCUCUGUAAGAAAUGUGAAAGAAAAGCACAACAGUUAAGAGUUGUUUUUUUUUUUUUCUGGUUUGUUUUAAUAUCAGAUGGACUUUUAUUUCUAUGCAAUAUAUACAUAUAAUCAAUCAACAUAUCAGAGAAAGGACCAUGAAACCUGAGAAAUGCUAAUGGAGACUUGCCGGUAUAUAGGAACCUAGCAAAUUCAGGAAUGAAGGGGAAAUAUUCCGAGAUAACAUUUUCAUUGUCUGUUUUUACAAUAAAAAAUAUUUUACAAUUUACCUUC